UGAUAUACUCUCAUAUUCUAGUGUAAAUGACCUUCAGUGACCUCCAAUAUCUGUAACCAGAUUCAGUUGAUUAUUGUACGUUAGGUUAGUUGUAUUGAAAAAUAUCAAGGGGAAUUUUGUUGUUGGUAAAUUCUUCAGAAAAAUGAUUUCUGGCGCAAAAAGUGAUUUCGAAAAAGUACGGAAAGGAUUGGGAGAAUAUAUUUUCGAACAAGUCGAGAAGUACGCUGAUAAUAUAUAUCAGAUAGAUGGUGAGACUGGGGAAAAAGAAACAUUUUCCAGUGUUGGCAAAAGAUCAUCUAGACUGGCAAUCAAUCUAAAAAAACUAGGACUUACCAAUGGGGAUAUCGUGAUAACCUGCCUCAAAAACAAUUUGGACUCAGUCAUUCCGCAUAUUGCUGUCUUAUACUGCGGCGCAAAAUUCGCUGCCUUGGAUCCCAUACAAACAGAAAAGGAAUGGAUUCAUUGCGUGAAUCUUGUGAAACCUAAAUUCAUUUUCGUUGAUGAAGAACAUUCAGAAAAGAUGGAAAAAAGCAUUGAUCGUUCAGAGGUCAAAUCUGUUAUGGUCAUUGCCGGCAAAUCAGAUGUACAUCAAACACUUGGAGAACUGUUGAGUCCAUCAAAAGAUGAGGAUCGUUUUUUCCCAGAAAUCAUUCAAGAUUGCUACAGUACUGCCGUUAUUUCUUUCAGUAGUGGUACCACAGGACUUCCUAAAGGUGUAUGCCAUUGUCAUUUCGGUUUGAUCAAUAUGGUUAUCAAUUAUUCACGAAUGGACAUGUAUGAUCCGGGAAUGGUACUCGUAUAUUCAACUUUCUACUGGAUAACGAGUCUUUUUUCAUUCAUCAGAGCUUUUCAAUCUGGAGGUUGCAGGAUCACGUCCAACCGAUUCCAUCCAGAAAAAGCAUUAGAAAUGAUGGAGAAAUUCAAGGUGACGCAUUGUUUACUUCCACCCAAAGCCGCCAAGGAGUUCUUGAAAGUGAAAGAUUUCGAAAAAUACGACACAUCUUCACUUCACCAUUUUCUAACUGGAGGGGCCACCAUUACGCCUGAUUGUCUGAUCGGAUUGAGGCAGCUGUUCAAACACUCAAUUGUCAGUAAUUCAUACGGAAGUUCAGAAGUGGGACCUAUUGCUGCCUUCGAUUUAUCAAAAGACAAACAUCUAUUGAGCGAGCUGCUUUCCGUUGGAAGAUGUACAAAUGAUAUAGAAAUCAAGAUCAUCGAUCAAGAAAUGAAACACGAGCUUGGACCCAAUGAGGAAGGUGAAAUUUGGGUACGUUCGCCUUACGCCACCACUGGGUACUACAAUUUGGAAUCUUCCUCUCCGUUCGAUUCAGAGGGUUUUCUCAAAACAGGCGACACAGGCUACUACGAUGAAAACGAAUGCCUUUUCAUUACCGGAAGAUGCAACGAGAUCUUCAAAAAUGGAAGUAUCAAGGUGGUACCAAGUCAGUGGGAGGUAAUACUUCAAGAACAUCCUGCCAUCGAAGAAGUCGCUGUAUUCGGAUUACCUCAAGAAAAUGGCGACCUUUAUCCUGCAGCCUGUAUUGUGUUGAAGAAAAAUACAGCUGCUACAGCUGAAGAAAUUGAAGAAUUUUUUAUAGGUAGAAUGACUGGUUAUCACAGACUUGAAGGAGGAAUUAAAUUUGUUGAUCAGUUGCCAAGAACUCCCUCUAGUAAACUGAAACGUGUAGAGCUUUAUAAUAUGUUCAUCAACGCUAAUAAAUGAAUCAAUGAAACUGUC